GACGCUGAUAGGAAAGAAAAGUUCGUCGACCUUUUCUCUCUACCUGAGAAUCCUAGAAUAUUUUCAGGAGGGCAAAGAGUAAUUAACUAUGACAGAGAACCGCAUCGAAUGUAGAAAGAAAGAAAAAAAAAGGAAAGGAGAGAAAAAAAGAUUCGGUUAGCGUUCGGAGAGGUAGCGGAGGUAGGAAAAAACCGAAGACAAACGUAGGAUCGAUCCAUACGCGUACCAACUGGGCGCGACAUCUGCAUGCAGAUGCAUCCUUGGCGUUCUCACGUUACUCAGGUGGCGACCGAUCGGACGACCGACUUUUCGAAUAAAUUACCAGCGCGAGAAUCGAAACUCUCUGAAACAUUUAUAGACACCCUGUUGUGUACAUGGACACAAGCCAUGGAUAAUGGCCCUACCUGGUUCUUCAACCCUUUUCGCUUCCUUCUUUCGUUUCCAACUCCUCUCUCAUUCCAAUAGCCGGCUGUACGAUACGACGGGCCAUCUACUUCGUCCUUGUUACGCCAUUGUUACCUUUAGUCAGUUUUACGGUUAUCGACCUGUGUCAUCCUUUGAACAAAGUAAUUCGAUAUGUUCGUGCUUACAUUAAAAUCAAAGAGAACCAUUUCCUCGUACACAAUAACGAAAAAAAUAGAGAGCCUAUUAAGUUUCGAAUCGAUGGUAUACGAUCGAUCAUUCGUAAUGUAACAUGGAUAAUAAGUAGGUACAUACCUACGUACUACAUAUGUAUGAUAUAACACUGACAUCAGUAAGUAAGUACGCUCGCGUGAUAUUUUCUUCGGGAGUUAAGAGAAAGAAAAAGGAAAAGUAUCACGAAAGAGAAAAAAAGAGAGAAAGAGAAAGAGAGAGAGAGAGAGAGAGAGAAAACAAGCCGGCGAUAAUCCGUGUACAAGGAGAGACGACGUUGUUUUUGAAUGGCACGCGGCUUGGGAGGGUACAAACGACUUCUUGUUGCUCGGCAAAACAGAAAUUACCGUGGCGUGACGGUGAGGAAGGACAGUGGAAAGAUGAGGACACGAAGAUUCCAUUAAGGGGUAACUGGCGGCUCACGUGCACCGAACCUUAUUUCAUCAGCGAGGGCCUAUAUGCCCCUCUGGAGGAUCUCGAUAAUACUCGCGAGAUCACUCUACACACGAUGACCAUCGGUCUUUUCAUCGAAGAUCCAGGGAAGAAAGAUGAUUUUAUGUCGAUCAGUUCGGCUUUGCGACACUACUUGCCAGAAAAGGACACACCGUACAUUCUUGAUAUCGAUCUGGAUUUCUUCAGCACUAGAAAUCCCUUCAAACUCCUUUACGAUGAUAUAAAUCUGUACGAUAAACUUGCUCCUAUCUACUCUUUUCAACGACCCGAUACAAACGAUCCAGAGCUCCUGAAAGAGAUUUCUACUCUGAGAAUCGAACAGCUCGAUGAAUUGGAAAAUAUCUUCGACUAUCUCGAAGACAAUCGUAACUUGAAGGACUACCAAGGCGAAAAGUCAGCACGAUAUGAAGCUGUAGAAGUUAUUUUUCGUGAAUUAACAAGCGUAUACAAAGACAACGAUAUCGAUUGGAGACUCAUACAUGAAGCUGGUUGCACUAGAGAUGAUACCGAUCUACCGGAUCACAUUACCAAACCUAACGAUCUCGAACGCUUAAUAGGCGGGACAUUCGCAUUAUUUCUAUCCGCUUUGCCAGUAGAACCGACGAUCAUUACUAUUGCCAGAUCUGCUGAAGAUGAUUAUUGUCCAACGGAAGACGUCGAUCUAAUCCAAACGAGAGUUUUAGACGAACUUGAUAAACGCUUAGAGUCAAACAUAGAUGUCCAAUUAAAUUAUGGUGAUAUGUUGUUAUCCUAAAUUACUACUAUUAUACUCAUUAUGAGCAUUACUUUAUAUCUUUAUUUUCUGUCAUACUUAUUCUAAAUAAAAAAUAAAUUUUUCUUACGAAAUGCGAAAAUUAAGAAAAACAACAAAAUUAGUAAAAAAGGAGAAGAAGAAGAAUCGUAGAGAAAAAAGAUAUGGCCAAGGCGCGAGCGUGCAUGCGAACGACUCGGUUAAACGAAGAAGAAAGGUCGGAAUUGGAAAUUACGGAAGACAGCGUGCAUCUGCAGGGCAAGCAUCCGUGAGGAACGAGUCUUUGAUCUCCAGCUCGAUUUACAUAAGAUCGGUGCCACUGGCCCCAUUAUGGGAGCCGAGCACAAUGCCAAUGUGAAUGUUGGCAUUUUUUGCAUCGAGUCUCUCUCUUUCUCUCUCUUUCUUUCUUUCUCUCUUUUUCUCUCUAUCUAUCUCUCUCUCUCUCUUUCUCUCUCUCUCUCUCACUCUCAUUCUCUUUACCCCUAGCCCUUCGCCCGCUUCACAACUCCUUGGAUUUGCAUACCGUGGGCCAGUUUCCCACACGUCGUCGACGACCUUCGUUCUCUCCUUCUUCUUCUUUGCCACGUUCUUCGCUCCCGUUCUCUCUCCCUUUCUUUUUCUUUCUUUCUCUCUCUCUCUCUCUCUCUUGUCGUCUAGCUACCCUUUCACCCGCCGACGACAAAAAGGAACGCGAGACGCAAAAAAAGGAGAGACGUUUCCUUCUUCGUCAAGGCGAUAGCAUUUCCUGGCGAGACUUUUCUCAAGACGGCCGUACCACCUCGUCUUGCUUAGCACGUUCAUUGUCGACGGACCGUACGAAGCUCGAAAAUGCUGACGGAUAUAUCUUUGUCUUCUCUCUCUUCUUUUUUUUUGCGUUGGCCGUUCUGUGAGAACGGAAGCGGAUAUGAAAGAGUGUGUUGCCUCGUGUCGUUCUAUUGGAUCGCCAGAGCGUUUCCAAGUUCACAACGAAAAAACUCGUUCUCUUUGAAGCUCGACUUUGGAAGGAUUGGACAAUCAUCAGUGUUACGGUCUAUAGCAGCGACCUACUGUAGGUAUUUCACGAAGUCCCUUUCAAUAUUAUUCGAUCGUAACUUGUUCGUUUGUAAAGAGAAACGAUCGGAAAGAAAGAGGUGAGUGCACGUGUUGCCAAUUUUUUAUUCGUAUGGUUAAGGGCUCAUAAUUUUGCUCGCAUUCUCGAAGGAGAUUUCGUUUGAAACGAGUAACAGUGUAUGCGGCUAAACGACGAGCGUACAAUUACUUACACUUUUAGGACCGCCCGCUUUCGCAUGCCUUAAGGAGCGAGGCAAUACCGAGUACAAAUAAAUGUUAAAACGAGCAAGGUGAAUGCGGAAGUACGCUUGCAAGAAGAAGGGACGAAUUUUGAAGGACCGCGAGAAAAGUUUACGAGCUGGCAGCCUCUGGUAAUGACUGUCGUUAACCACCGCAAGGCGCACUCCACCGAGAGCGAAUCUUUUGUAUGCUAAUGACAGGGUGGUCCAAUUUCAGCCCCUCGAGUAAAAAAAAAAAUCUUAGAGGUCAACAGACCCAUCGUUCGUCCGAGUUUCGAGUUUUACUCGAGUACCAUUGACCUCGUAUUAAAACCUUUCGACUUCGAUACCGACGAACCACUACCGACAAAAAAUUUAUGUAGUAAAUCAUUGACGAAACCUUAACGAUUCCUUCUCGGAAGCUCGGCCUUCUUCCCUUUAUUCCUAUAAUCUUUGCUUCUCUUAGCAAAGAAAGUACUCCUGAGAUAAGAUGGCUCAACUACUAACGAGACGUCUACUUAUAAAAUGAAAUCUAGGUGGAAAAAUCAAUUGUUAAGAUAAUAUACGUAACGCCUGGCACCAUCGAGACCACAAACGAAAGUAAAUAUCGCUUUUCGUCGGCCUUACUCUUCUUCGUUUUCAUCGCCCUUACACGACCGUUCGAAUUUCACUCACCCAACUAACACCGUUCGAAUGGGUCGCAAAAGAAUUAUUCAAAACCAGGGCUGACUGGCAAAAGCGCAGCCUGCUACCCUGCUACCGUAAUCCCAUACCCGUAUCCGAUUUGCAUAAAAGAGAAAAAUAAAAAAAAAUGCUCGCUCCAGAGAAAAACAAUAGUGAGAGAAAGAGAGAGAGAAAGAUAGAAAAAAAUGGUCACGCUCGUGAUCGCGUUAACCUCGACGAAAUUGUAGAAGAAAUUGAUAUUAAAUUUUGAAUACGAUGCGUCACAAGCAUCGUGUAUACCUAUGUACACACUAUAUACAUACAUAUAACUUUAAACCUUUACUCUGAGCCCUUUCGAAGCGCAAACUUUAGAAUUAUGCGCGUGACAAAAAAGAUCUUGAAACGACUAUGCUAAUCAGCGAGACAGAAACGGAUAGACGAUGCCGUGAUACGUCGUUGGCAAAAGCCAAUUAUAGCGCGAAGACCCAUUCUCGGCAUGUAUUCCUUUCGGUUCAUAGGCCUACCUUGAUGUACACAGUCCCGUCUCCCUGAGAAAAUCGAUAUCGAGUAAAAAAGUAACACGGAAAGAACGAGAUCGAAGACCCAACGAGAUAGACAACGUUAUAUAGGCGGAGACCUCGAUGGCCAUUGUUCGAAAGCGCUAUUUGUAUUUAUUCGGAGCCUUUGUUCGAACCAUGGCUCGGGAAGCGGGGUUGUGGAUGAGAAUGAGAGAGAAAGAAAAAAAGAGAGAGAAAGAGCAAGAGGGAGGGAGAGGGAAGAAUUACUUCGCCAGCUAAAGGGGUGAGGUCCAUUAGUUGUUAGGAAACUGUCACCGAGCUUCGAUCACCAAAAAAGAAAAAAAGAAAGAAACGUGUGCUUUUCGAAAUCACGGAGAAUCCUCGAUCGAAUAAAAAAGAAAUUAAAUAGAUCGAGUGCAUAGAAAUAAAAGAAAAAAGAAACACGACGUGACUGUAAUUUUAAUAUAUUGUUCGUUUCUUUUCUCUUUUUUUUUUUUUUUUUAAGUUCACCAUGUGAAAGAAUAAUCGGUCGGCUUGAAGAGACACGUUUGACCGUACAUAAAAAUCCAAUUCCAGAAAGGUGUUCGCGUGCGAUUUGGCCCCACCCCGACGGACCGACGAUCGUGCACGCGCGCGUGUGUGAAUGCACCUCGUGCAUUGGAUGCAACUGCAAGUGGUCAGUAGCUCGCAAAACGACUGACCGCUCGGUACAUUGCUUCCGCACAUCCCGUCGAUCUUCCAACAUGAAAUUCGACCGACACGCGUCCCGAAUUUCUGAUUACUUCUGAUUUUCUACCAAGACGAGAUAUCCACAAAGUAAUGCAUCGCUGAAAAUAAUUUAUACGGAAACUCUCUUAAAACACUAGUGAACGGAAAGUGACAUUAUUUCGGUGUUUCUAAAAUUAAGUGGAUCCGAUAAGGUUUUUUUCAUUAUUUAAUUAAAAUCGGAAAGAGCAGGUGAAAUUAAAUUGGACGUUGUGAAUUACGAAUAUUUUAUAAAUACUAUAAUUUUAUAUAGCGUAUGAAUGUAAUAUAAAACCGUACGUAUAAUAAUAUUAUAGAAAAAUCCUGUGAGUGACAAUUCUUCGGUGAUAAAGUGAGUUUUAAUAACAUACGAAUAAUAAAGAAACCAUUGCACAAAAUAUUAACGUUCAUUCUCGUAAGUUUUAAUAUAUCCUUUCCAUCAAUCUCAACUUUUCCUUUU